CCCAGAGUAUUCUGCAACUGUCUUCUCAAAUGAUAAUUUCUACUCCAUAUAGAUGUGUGGGAUGGGAAGAGUUGGUGACCAAUAUAAAUAAAGAAUUUAGGCUUCUACAAUUGUGCAUGAAUUCACGAACACCAAUUUUGUUUUUGUCCGGUGUACUUGGAGUUGAAAAUUUCUGGGAACUUUAUUGAUUUCCUCCUUGUAUAUCUUUUUUGACUCUCGUCUUCAUUUCUCUUUACUAUUUUAAGUUUCGAGCAAAUGCAGUUGGCAAAAUUAUACCUAGCAUCCAUUGAAUACGAGAUGGGAGUCAUUACUUGAUAGGCAGAAUAUAUUCCUGUUAAGGUCUUUAUAUGAAAGAGUCAAUCUGCAUGCUGUUUGAAGCGGUAAAUUGAAGAAAUAGAGGUAGAAAAGAACAAAGAAAGUUAUGCAUUUGUAAAAUGCAUGCCAUAGCUGAUCCAUUUUUGCGAUCUGAAAGAUUUUUUCCAUAGCGAUUGCCUCUUGAAUUAAGCAAUUCUUCAUUGAAUCAGAGGAUCCUGCUCCAAGCAUUGCUUCCAUUCUUCAGUCAUUUCUUUCUCUCCUUCCUUCUAUCUGAAGAUCAAUCUUCAAGCUUCAACUUAUGCUAUGAUAGGACUGCGUAUCUUGAACUUAAAUCAGUUAUAAAUGUUCAGGGCCUAGCAGGUGUUGUGUCUUUUAAAACGCUAGUGUUGUGUUCUUGUAUUCGGCGGAGUGAUUGCUGUCAUAACAAAAACGAUAUUAAUUCAUUUAUUUUGCUUCAACUGUGAUGUCUAAAGUAAGCCUCAGCUAUUAAUGUUGGACAAUACCUAGUUGACUAAAAUGUGCACCUGAGUUUUGUCCAUAUCGAUGUCCAUUUCAGUUCAAAUGAAGACAUUCUCUUCAGUAUUAGUAUACACCUCUUCUCUGUUUGAGUUUUAUCUCUAUCAGCUUGAGAGCAAUAAACUGAGAUCUUCAUUUCCCUGCUAAAGGAUGUCACUUUCCAUCACGUUAGUCAUUUAAGCCUGUCUAUUGAUAAAUAGUAAAUGACCAACAAUUCAGACCGGCGAUGCACACCACUUUGGCGCAAUGGGCCACCAGAGAAGCCAGUGCUAUGCAAUGCAUGUGGAUCUCGAUGGAGAACUAAGGGAACCCUUGCAAACUAUACCCCUUUACAUGCUAGGACAGAGACUGAUGAUUAUGAGGACCAAAGGCUUUCUAGGGCAAGGAACAUAACAUUAAAUAAGAACAAAGAAGUGAAACUGCUCAAACGAAAGCUGAACCAUGAUAAUUUAGUACCUGGUUGGGUUGUCCCUGAUUACAAUCAAGGAUUUCAAAAGGUUAUAGAUGAAGAUGCAAGCAAUAGAUCAAGUUCAGGAUCAGCUGUUUCUAACUCAGAGAGCUGUGCUCAGUUUGUAGGAACAGAUGCUAGUGACUUGACAGGUCCUGCUCAGUCAGUGGUGUGGGAUGCCACAGUGCCCUCAAAAAAGAGGACCUGCGUGAACCGUCAAAAGCCAUCUCCUGUUGAGAAGCUCACAAAAGAUUUAUGUACUAUUCUUCAUGAACAACAGUCCUAUUUCUCUGCGUCUUCUGAAGAGGAUCUUAUUUUUGAAAGUGAAACACCAAUGGUCUCUGUUGAGAUAGGACAUGGAAGUGUUCUCAUUAGGCAUCCCAGCUCUAUAGCCCGUGAGGAAGAAUCUGAGGCUAGCUCCCUUUCAUUUGAUAACAAACAUUGCCCAACAAGUGAGGCGUAUUCAUGCUCUGGUGCCAUUGAUAUGCAUAAUGAUUUCACUGGCAUGAACUUUCCAUCUCUGGGGGUUGAAAAUAUCAACUACUCUGCUAGUCAAGGAAUUCAGCAGGAGAAACUUAAAAGGGAGCCUGAAACUUCACAAAUCCUUGGAUAUCGUGAUUCACCACUGUGCUCAAUAGAUUUAAUUGAUGUUGUCAACCAUGAGGUCUUCAUGAGGAACAUGACAAAUGAGGAGCAGCAAAAAUUACUGAAAUGUCUCCCUGCAGUUGAUACUGCUAAACUUCCUGACAGCCUUAAAAGCAUGUUCAACAGCUCUCAGUUCAGAAAGAACUUAACUUACUUUCAACAGCUUCUUGGGGAAGGUGUCUUUGAUACCUCUUCAUCGGGGGCAAACUCUGAAGACUGCCAGGCUUUGGAAAGGCUUGCAUUAUCUGAUUUUUCACAGUCAAAAUGGGUUGAACAAUAUGAUUUACUUAAGGGACAUAAAAAUCAGGACGACAAUCCUGUUGCUCUUGGAUGUACUGGCACUGCAUCAAGUAAUGCUGCAAAUGAGAACAGAUUGCGUGACAUCUCAAAACAAAGUUUUCCUGAACUGAAGUCAACAGUUAGAAGUCCCAAAAGGGUGAUCAUGAUGAAGACUGGCAGUGAAGGCAAGGAAGUCUUUGAAGAUGGCUAUUGCUUCAGUCCAAAAAGCCUAAUAGCUCUGCCGGCUGAUGGCAGCCCAUGUAUGCUGGAUUCUUUCAACUUCGUCGAUGAGAGUUCCGAUCAAGAUCUGCUGCUUGAAGUGCGAUCUAACAGCUCUUUUCCAGAAGCAGAACUGCUGCAUCCAACCUUAAGAUUUGGUGCUCAGCCAAGCACUAGCAGUAGCUUGGCAUACCAGCAUGUUGCCCAUUACUGAUCAGUCUUGUCCUGUCAGUUUUCUGGGGUGGCCGCGGCCCAAGUCUUGUGUAUUGAGGUGUAUGAUGGCUGCUGCUUUUGUUAUUAUACAACCUUUUGGAGCUUGGAUUGCCAAGGGAUGAAAUUUGGGUGGGGCUUUUUUUGUAUAGGUUUGAUGACAGAUUGUAAUGUAUAGCAUGAAAUGCAGAGCGAUGGAUCUCCAGAGUUUUGAUUGCUCUUGUAGUU